CAUUGGUGUUUCCCUAUAUAAGAAGGAGUGAUGGUGUUAGAGCAGUCUCGGAUUCUCCAACAUCAUGAAGCUCCUUGUCCUGCUGUCCGUCUGCUCCUGCCUGGCACUGAACACCUGGGCUGAGCCGACUCCAUGCGCGGCGCCUCCACUGUUGGUUGGAAAUGUUGCAAUAACUGGAAAAGAGGGAACAUUCCUGUCUGUAGCGGAGUACUCAUAUGAUGCUGUCAGGGAGCAGGUUCGCAUCAGAGACUUUGGCCUGUAUGACAACAAGGGCUAUUCAGUGGACUUCCUCAUGCAGUUCCAACAGGGUGUUAUGUAUGAGAUCGACUCUACCAGAUCCACCUGUAAGAAGUUUGCACUGAAAAGCUCCUUCCAUCCCAUGCGGAUUCCAGCAUCUGCAAAGAUGGAGAGUGAAGUAGUUCUGGGAACUACUUCCUUCCCUGACAGCGGUCUGCCGAUUACCUCUUGGAAAGGGGAAGACAAAGAUAUAGGAGUCUCAUACGUGCUUACAGUCACUAAAAACCUGUGCCUGCCAGUCUCAGCUGUCAUCCAGACUAAAGAAUUUGGAUCAAUAACCAUGGGUUUCUACAAUCAGCUUCUUACCCUCCACCCGGCGGACUUCAAUCCUCCUUCUUACUGUGAAGGACUUCCAGAGGAGAACCUGCCCAAGACAGACUUCUUCAGUGCCCUGCACUCAGCUGCAUAGAAUCUGCAGGAAGUUGAGCUUAAAGUUGAGCCAAAGUGCAUUCACAUUAAUGACUCUGUAAUAAAUACGUUUUUAUUUCAGUAGAAUUCAAAUAAUCAUUCUCUAAAUAAAGUGCUGUUUACUAAU